AUGGAGAAGUGGAGACAUUCUAUUUAUUAACCACCAAGCUUAUUUAUAGAAAGAAAACGAACAGCAUAAUACCGUAGACUUGAUCCACUAUUAGUGACUCCGUUAACAAAGUUUGAUCACAAGGCCUAUGAUCAACUAUUCAAAUCAUAAGCUAACUAACAUUUGAGGAUCCGAAAUCUUUCAUUACAAUCUGAGAGAGUUCAAGAGACACCAAAACAACUAGGUUUAGAGGAUAUUGUCUAUAAAUUAUAAAAAAUUCGAAAACUUAGGAAUACUUGA